AUGGCGAUGAACCUGCCACCGCUCGGUGGGAAUGGCGGGGGCGCCCAUAAUCAACCUUCUCUUCCCUCGUUACCCGCACAUUCACAAUCUGAUACACAGUUGACAGCGCACUUGGCCAGUCGCUUUCAUGUGUCUCUCCCGACUGCCCGACUCUCUUCCCAUGGUCUCAUUUCUCUCAACACUUACACUUCCUCUGCCAAAGGUCCUGAUGGCGGCAAGGAAGGUAGCGCUAUGGCUGGUGUUGAGGAUGUCGCAGACCGCGCUUGGAUCAGACUAGGCCACAGAUCUGAGAACCAGGCUGUUGUCUUCUUGGGUGAAUCUGGCUCUGGAAAAUCGACUCUCCGAUCCCAUCUCUUGACUGCCUUCCUCGGCAAGUCCUCUACCCCCCUGUCUACCAAGGUUUCCCUCGCUGCCUACAUCUUCGACACCUUGACGACUACCAAGACUGCCACAACUCCUACAGCCUCCAAAGCAGGUCUGUUUUACGAGCUUCAAUAUGACACAGCUACCACGACCAAUCCGGUUCUUAUUGGUGCCAAGCUGCUGGACCACAGACUCGAGCGUAGUCGUAUUACAGACAUCCCUACUGGAGAGCGCAACUUCCAUAUUCUUUACUACUUGAUGGCUGGCACCAGUGCGGCGGAGAAGGCUCAUCUUGGCUUUGAGACACCGGCUGGUGUCGCCCAAAAGAGAUGGAAGUAUCUGGGCCAUCCCACCCAGCUCAAGGUUGGCAUUAAUGAUGCCGAAGGCUUCCAGGUUUUCAAGAAUGCUCUCAAGAAGCUCGAGUUUCCUCGAAGUGAAAUCGCAGAGAUCUGUCAAGUCUUGGCCAGUAUCCUACACAUUGGCCAGCUCGAAUUUGAGACGACAUCCAACACUCAGAUUACUGGCGACGACAGCGGUGGUUUCUCUCACGAGGGCGGACAAACUGUGACGGCUGUGAAGAAUAAGGAUGUCCUUGCCAUCGUUGCUGCUUUCUUGGGUGUCGGCACCCAAGAUUUGCAAACCACUUUGUCGUACAAGACCAAAAUGAUUCACAAAGAGAGAGUCACCGUCAUGUUGGACCCCAACGGCGCUCGAUCGCACGCUAACGAACUGGCGAGAACUUUGUACUCCCUGUUGGUUGCGUAUAUCGUCGAGGCAAUCAAUCAGAGAAUCUGCGCUCCCGAGGAAAGUGUCGCUAACACGGUGUCUAUCAUCGACUUCCCUGGAUUUGCUCAGCAGGCGGCAACUCACUCAGCGCUUGAUCAACUCCUCAACAAUGCAGCCUGUGAAGCUCUCUACAACCUGACGCUCCAAAAUUUCUUCGAUCGCAAGGCAGACAUGCUGGAGAACGAAGAGGUUAGUGUCGCGGCGACCAGCUACUUUGAUAACUCUGAUGCUGUCAGAGGCCUGCUCAAGCCUGGAAACGGCUUGCUUAGUAUUCUGGACGAUCAGACUCGAAGGAACCGCACCGAUCACCAGUUCCUUGAGAGCCUUCGCAAGCGUUUUGAAGGAAAGAACCCUGCCAUCACUCCUGGGUCUGCUACUGCUAGGCUUCCAGGCAGCAACUUCCUCACCGAAAACACAGCUGCUUUGUUUACCGUUAAACAUUUCGCCGGGGAAGUUGACUACCCAGUCAAAGGCAUCAUUGAGGAGAACGGUGAAGUGAUUUCCGGUGAUCUUCUUAACAUGAUCAAUACCACCAAGAGUGACUUUGUCGCUAGGCUCUUCGGCCAAGAGGCUCUCCGUACUGUCACUCACCCUAAGGAGAAAUCAACAGUCAUGCAAGCUACCAUCAGUUCAAAGCCAAUGAGAGCACCCAGUGUCAUGUCUCGGAAGACAACGAGAACAGCUCGCAACCAGGCUCGCAUCCAGCGAUACCAACAGCAGCAGGAGGAGGACGCACAAGAAGAACUGGACAGGCUCAGCGAAGGCAACUCACAAAGUGGUGGCUCCAAGGUUCAUGCAUCGGAACAGGGUGCAUCAGGCCAGUUCCUUACGUCCUUGGAAAACGUUACCAAGGCGGUUGCUGACCCAAGCACCAAUUCGUACUUUGUUUUCUGCUUGAAGCCCAACGAUAGGCGCAUCGCCAACCAGUUUGAUAGCAAGUGCGUACGUACACAAGUACAAACAUUCGGUAUCGCCGAGAUCAGCCAGCGCCUGCGUUCAGCUGAUUUCAGUCUCUUCCUCCCCUUUGGUGAGUUCCUUGGCCUGGCCGAUUCGGACACCAUCCUUGUCGGAUCCGAGAGGGAACGGGUGGAGCUGGUUGUUGAAGACAAACACUGGCCAAGCAAUGAGGUUAGAAUUGGCUCUACUGGUGUCUUUCUCAGUGAGAGGUGCUGGAUGGAGAUCGCUCAGCUGUCGGAAAACGCAUCAGCUUCUGGGAGAUACGCUCUACCAUCCGACGCCGGCGAUGGUUUGACGCCACAAGACACUCCUUUCGCUGCUUCAAAGGAACGUUUGCUCUCUGCCGGAAACACGCCUCUGGGAUAUGGUGAGAAGGGCAAGAGUGGUUACUUUGGCGGUCACGACGGCUCCGAUGCUCGCUCUGAAGCCGGCGUCUCCGCUUUUGGAGGCGGUGACAUGUUCAAGAACCUCGACACCAGAGAGCAGAUGGCCGAGCGCGGUAACGAAAAGAGCUUGGAAGAGGUCGAGGAGUUCAAGGACAGCCCCAGCCGUAAGCGCUGGGUGUUCAUGGUGUACCUGAUGACCUGGUUCGUCCCUGACAUCCUUGUCCGCAAGAUGGGCAAGAUGCCUCGCAAGGAUAUUCGGCAGGCGUGGAGAGAGAAGCUGGCCAUCAAUAUGUUGAUCUGGCUAUUUUGUCUGUUCGCUGCCUUUUUCAUCGUCAUCUUCCCGAAACUCAUCUGCCCUACACAACAUGUCUUCAGUGCCGAGGAAUUAUCGUCAAACGACGGUAAGGAUAACAACAAAGCGUAUGCCUCAAUUCGCGGUGUUGUCUUCGAUAUUGGCGCCUUUGCUCCACGCCAUUACCCGCCUUAUGUCACCGUCAAGCAAAUCAAGAACUAUGCGGGCAAGGACAUCAGCUCUCUUUUCCCCAUCCAAGUCAAUGCCUUGUGCCAGGGCAAAGACGGCAGCGUCAACGAACAUGUUACGCUGGAUUACAAGAAUACCAACAUGACCGGCUCUCCCCAACUUGCCACGGUCGAUCAGAACUUCAGGUUUCACGAUUUCCGCUCUUUCACCAAUGACAGUCGUCCGGAUUGGUAUUACGAGCGGAUGACAAUGCUGAAGGCCAGUUACAAGAAGGGUAAUAUCGGCUACUCUCCUCAGUACGUCAAAACCCUCGCCAACAAACAGCAGGUGAUCGCCAUCCUCAACAGCCGUGUGUAUGACUUAACGCAGUAUAUGAACGGUGGUGCCCAGUUGAAAGCCAAGGCUGGCGAGACUCCCCCUGACGACAUUACUUUGACCGAUUUCAUGGACAACUCUGUAAAGACGCUCUUCCAAAGCAGGGCCGGUACUGAUAUCUCCGAGCUGUGGGAUAGCCUUCAAAUCGACGCCCAACGGAAAAAGCGGAUGAAGGUCUGUCUCGACAACCUCUUCUACGUUGGAGAUGUCGACACUCGUAACUCAGCUCGCUGCAAGUUUGCUGAGUAUCUUAUUCUCGCCGUCUCCGCUCUUCUAUGCUCCAUUCUGGUCUUCAAGUUUUUGGCUGCACUUCAGUUCGGUGGCAAGAACAUGCCCGAGAAUCUGGAUAAGUUUGUCAUGUGUCAAAUUCCAGCAUAUACGGAGGACGAAGAGUCUCUUCGCCGUGCCAUCGACUCCUGUGCCAGAAUGCACUACGAUGAUAAGCGCAAGCUUCUCAUCGUUGUUUGCGACGGUAUGAUUAUUGGACAGGGCAACGACAAGCCGACGCCACGUAUCGUGCUCGACAUUCUCGGUGUUUCUGAGACCGUUGAUCCAGAACCUUUGAGCUUCGAGUCGCUGGGUGAAGGUCAGAAGCAACACAACAUGGGCAAAGUAUACUCAGGUCUUUACGAGGUCCAAGGCCACAUUGUUCCCUUCCUAGUUAUCGUCAAGGUUGGCAAGCCGUCCGAGGUUUCUCGUCCCGGUAACCGUGGCAAGCGAGACUCCCAGAUGAUCCUGAUGCGUUUCUUGAACCGCGUUCACUACAACUUGGAAAUGAGUCCCCUGGAACUUGAGAUUUACCACCAAAUUCGCAACAUCAUUGGUGUCAACCCGACCUUCUAUGAAUUCAUGUUCCAAAUCGAUGCCGAUACGGUUGUUGCCCCCGAUUCAGCGACCCGUAUGGUUGCUGCCUUCCUCAACGAUACCCGCCUCAUUGCAGUAUGUGGUGAGACGGCGCUUACCAACGCCAAGGCCUCGUUCAUCACCAUGAUUCAAGUCUACGAAUACUGGAUCUCUCAUAAUCUGACCAAGGCUUUCGAGAGUUUAUUUGGCAGCGUUACAUGUUUGCCCGGUUGUUUCUCAAUGUAUCGCAUCCGCGCCGCCGAAACCGGCAAACCUCUGUUUGUCAGCCGCGAAAUCAUCGAGGACUACUCGACCAUUCGUGUUGAUACACUUCACAUGAAGAACCUGCUGCACCUCGGUGAAGAUAGAUACUUGACAACCUUGCUUCUGAAGUACCACACCAAGUACAAGACCAAGUACACCAAUCGAGCCCACGCCUGGACCAUCGCCCCUGAUUCCUGGGCUGUGUUCCUCUCGCAGAGACGUCGCUGGAUCAAUUCGACUGUGCACAACCUUAUGGAGCUUAUCCCGAUGGCGCAGCUUUGCGGUUUCUGCUGCUUCUCCAUGCGUUUCAUCGUAUUUGUCGAUUUGCUCAGCACAGUUGUGCAACCUGUCCUUAUGGCCUACAUCAUUUAUCUCAUCGUUACUGUUGCCUUGAACCCCAGUACGGUGCCCAUUACAGCAUUCAUCAUGCUUGCUGCCAUCUACGGUUUGCAAGCGAUCAUCUUCAUCCUCCGUAGGAAGUGGGAGAUGAUUGGUUGGAUGAUUCUGUACAUCCUCGCUAUUCCGGUCUUCAGUUUCGCCCUGCCUUUGUAUUCCUUCUGGCACAUGGAUGACUUCAAUUGGGGUAACACUCGUGUUAUUGCUGGCGAGAAGGGUCAGAAGAUCGUUAUUUCCGACGAGGGCAAGUUCGACCCCUCCGCCAUCCCCAAGAAGAAGUGGGAGGAGUACCAGGCGGAGCUUUGGGACGCUCAAACCGUUCGCGAGGAUGCUCGUUCCGAGGUCUCCGGCUACAGCUAUGCUACUAAGGGACAGGCUCCCGUCUCCGAGUACGGUUACCAUAGCCGCCCUGGCUCUAUUGCGGCCGGCUAUGCGCCGCAUAGGGGUUAUGAUCAACGCAACAUGUCGCGCAUGUCUCUCGCAGCUUCGGAAAUGGGCGGCAACCGCAACAGCCAAUUCGGCGGUUCGCAGUUCUUCUCUCCCGAGGACAUGGUUGGCCUCCCUGGCGAUGACGCACUGUUGGCCGAGAUCCGUGAGAUUCUCCGGACGGCUGACUUGAUGACGGUGACGAAGAAGGGCAUUAAACAAGAGUUGGAGCGUCGCUUCGGUGUUCCUCUCGAUGCCAAGCGACAGUACAUCAACAGCGCAACGGAAGCGCUCCUGUCAGGCCAGUUGUAA